AUGACUUGCCUCGCAAUUUCCACGGCGUCGGAAGAAUAUUAUUCCGCUGCAGCCACACUGACCAAAUCCGGGCCUUUGGCCCGGGUCUGGCUCUCGGCCAACCUCGAGCGCAAGCUUUCAAAGAAUCAUAUUUUACAAUCCAAUGUUACAGACAGCGUCGAGGCCAUCAUCACGCCCAACCAAGCGCCAAUGGCUCUCCGUCUUUCUGGUCAACUUUUGCUCGGCGUUGUCAGAAUUUACCAGCGCAAGACGCGCUACUUGCUCGAUGACUGCAACGAGGCCAUGAUGAAGAUUAAAAUGGCUUUCCGCUCCAGUGGCAACAACGAUCUGGCGUCAAAUUUACAGAUCUCCAACCGCGAGUCCCUGCUUCUGCCGGAUCGCAUCACGCCGUACGACAACCUUGACCUUCCCCCACCUCCAGAUGCCUCGUGGCUCCUAUCACAAGUCGAGGAUGUUACUGCAACUCCUGUCGGUCGCAAAGGUCGGACAAAUACUAGAGAUAUCAAUCUUCAAGAAGAUUUCGACAACAGUCAAUUCCUGAAGGGUCCGGCUGACCUCGACGAUGACUUGAUGCCUACGAUGGACGAUCUGGAUCUGGACCUUGACUUUGGCGAUCUUGAAGGUGGCGUUAGCAACAUGGAAAUCGGUCGAGAUGCGCCUGCUCCCCGGGACCUUGAAGACGACAUUUUCAGCGACAUGGAAAUCGGCGUUGGCAAAGCUGCCGACGGCUCUACUGCACUCGACUUGGGCGCCGACAGUAUCCAGAUAAUUGACGGUGAUGGUGACCUACCUAUGCUCGAUGGCGAUGACUUUGGUUUCAAUCUCGACGACAUGUCCAAUGUGCGCGAUCUCUCUGCUAUGCCACAGUCUCGCGCAAGAAUCUCAGAGUCGCCUCUCUCUGACAUUGAUGAGCUCUUUGCCAGAGAGGUGGCCGAACAAUACGCAAAUACUACGGACAUGUACGAACCUGCCGACGAAACAGAGACUGCAAUCGUUCGCCGCCCGGCGCAGCGCUCCAGAAGGCAAAAGGUUAUGAUGCCUGACGACGAAAUUGCCUUGUCCAGCAGUCUCAUCAAGCAGCAGCAGACCAACCGCGAAAACAUCAUCAAGCCGGCACGUUAUGUUCCUCGCGAUCCUGUAAUGCUCGCUCUCAUGGAUAUGCACAAAAACGGCGGUUUCGUAUCAUCCAUCAUGAUGGAUGGGAGGAGCACUGCCUGGGCACCUGAGCUGCGCGGUAUGCUCACACUAGACAUGCUGCGUGAUGACCUGAAGAGGAAGCGCGACAGCGGUAUUGCAGAUGUCGAGAGUGAGCGUGGCGCUGCCAAGUCUCCUCGCCUAGAGUUUGAUGAGGAUACUAAUCUCGGACUCGGCGACAACUUUGGCGAUCACAGUGUUGGCCCUGAUGGCACCGUCAUUCGGCUCGAUGAUGACGGUGGCUUUGAUAUUGGAGGCGACGAUGCUGGGUUCCCAGACUUCAACGAUACAACUAUGCCCAUUGUACAUCCUGAAGAGAGCGGUCCCGUGUCUAUCGGCACUAAGCACGCCGUUCACAUCCUACGAGACCUGUUUGGACCCGAAGCUGCUACGAGUGCUGAGAAGCGAACGCAGUCCACCGUUAUAUUCCAGGAUCUCCUACCCGAGAAGCGCACAACCAAGGCGGAAGCCACCAAGAUGUUCUUUGAGUGCCUCGUCUUGGCCACCAAGGACGCAAUCAAGGUCGACCAGGGGCCCGGGCUCGGGGAUAACAUCCGCGUGCGUGGCAAGCGCGGCCUUUGGGGCGAGUGGGCUGAGAGAGAGGCCGGCGGAGAAAUUGCACACAACGAGAACGAAACGGCACCCUUGGCUGCACAAGUCGUGGCUGUCGGUGCUUAG